AUGGCUGUUCUACGGGUGAAGUUCACUAAAAGCCAGAGGGACAAGCUGGCUCAGGUGCUGUGGCUGCUGAAUUGGGUCUCUGUAGUGACAGGGAUCAUCCUCUUCAGCCUGGGCCUUUUCCUCAAAGUGGAGAUCAACAAGAGGAGGGAGCUAAUGGCCGAAAGGGAGAUUCACUCUGUGCCAAACAUGCUUAUUGCCGUGGGGCUGAUAGCUUGCAUAAUAAACUUUGUAGGAGGAAAGAUCUGCUAUGACUGUGUGGACACCACCAAGUUCUUGCGCUGGAAGCUGGUGAUGCUUCCUUACAUCAUUUGUACGUUCUUCUUCACCCUGUGUGUGUUGGUCGGAGCACUAAUGUGCUACAGUAUGCAUGGGGAACUGGAGGAAUCCCUGGCGCUGGGACUAAACGAUGCUAUGCGCUACUAUAAGGACACAGAUACACCAGGCCGUUGCUUUCUGAAGCGCACCGUGGACCUGCUGCAGAUCCAGUUCCAGUGCUGUGGAAAUAAAGGCCACAGAGACUGGUUCCAGAUACAGUGGAUCAGCAAUCGCUACUUGGACAUGUCCAAACGAGAAGUGCUGGACCGUUUACGCAGUAACGUAGAGGGAAAGUACCUGAUGGAUGGUGUACCUUUCAGCUGCUGUAAUGUCAACUCACCUCGACCCUGCAUUCAGUAUCAACUCACCAACAACUCGGCGCAUUUCAACUACGACUACCAAACUGAGGACCUCAACUUAUGGAAGAGGGGCUGUCACCAGGCCUUGGUGGAGUACUACACCAACAUAAUGCACUCAAUUGGCCUUACGGUGCUUCUCAUCUGGCUCUUUGAGCUCUCCGUGCUUACCGGUGUACGUUACCUGCAAACAGCCCUGGAGAACGUUCUGCGGCAAGGAGAUCCCGAGUCCGAAUCGGACGGAUGGUUGCUGGAGAACAGCUUUGUGGAGACUGCACGCUCGAACUUCAACAUAAUUAAAAAUCUGGGAAAAUGCAACCAAGUCGACACAACAGUAAAUGGGGACCCCAACAUUGACAAACCGUGUACAGCACACUAUGGCCCUGACAACGUGCCUCCAAAGCAAACGCCUGUUGCCAGUUAA